AUGCAAUCAGCUUUUCUACACUCCGGAGGAAGUGUUGGUACCACAAGUCUACACAGAGGAAGGAGGUGUAGUGUUUAUGCCAACCCACACAAGGAGAAGCGUGCAAAAGAGAAAUCAGAGGGAUUUGCAAUAAAAAUGCCAACAGGUGAGGCCAGUGGAGGAUUCCAGGAUAGACAGACAGAUGAACGCAUAGUGCUGUUAGCUGUCAUCGCAUGGGGGCUCUUGUUUCCCGUGGGUGUGGAUGCCUGGACGUACCAUUAUGGAGAUAAAUCAGAUCUGACUUGGAAAGAGGCAAGGGUUUUUUGCCAGACCUGGUUUACUGACUUGGUAGCAAUCCAAAACCAAGAAGAAAUUGCCUAUCUAAAUGCUGUCGUCCCUUUCUAUAAAAAAUACUACUGGAUUGGGAUCCGGAAGAUUAACAACACUUGGACCUGGGUGGGAACCAACAAGAAGCUGACCAAAGAGGCAGAAAACUGGGCUUAUCGAGAGCCUAACAACAGAAGAGACAACCAGGAUUGUGUUGAGAUUUACAUCAAGAGAGACCGGGAGGCUGGAAAGUGGAAUGAUGAACCUUGUACUAAGAAAAAGCGAGCAUUAUGCUAUCAAGCCUCUUGUCACCCUUCUUCCUGCAAUGAACGGAGCGAGUGUGUGGAGACCAUUGGUAACCACACCUGUCAAUGUUAUCCUGGCUACUUUGGGCCUGAGUGCGAAUAUGUUGUGAAAUGCAGGGACCUUAGUGCUAUUCACAAGCCACUGCGCAUGAACUGCAACCAUCCUCUGGGCGAUUUCAGUUAUAGAUCCAGCUGUGCUUUCAGUUGUGAAGAAGGACUUGAAUUGAGUGGCCUGGCCACCUUGCAAUGCUUGCCCUCUGGCAACUGGACUGCUGAGAUACCACAAUGCAUAGCUGUUCAGUGCAAGCCGCUAAAAAUUCCUGAUCAUGGCGACUUCAACUGCUCCCAUGUGUAUGGGGAGUUUCAGUAUCAGUCUACCUGCAACUUUAAAUGUGCUGAGGGAUUUGCAAUCAGCGGAGCAGAGAACAUCAUGUGUAAAAAAUCUGGAGAAUGGAGUUCCCCCGCACCAACAUGCCAAGUUAAGCAAUGUCAGGAAAUUGAGUCACCCAGAAGAGGAACCAUGGAUUGUGUAAACCCAAUUGGUGACUUUGCUUACAACUCCACGUGUGAUUUUUCUUGUGAAGAUGGCUUUCAGCUCAAUGGCUCCAAGACUUUGCAUUGCAAUGCAGCUGGCCAGUGGAGCUCCCAUGUACCCUUCUGUCAAGGUGUUCAAUGCCAGCCCCUGCAGGCUCUUGCUCACGGAAAUAGCAGCUGCUUCCAUAUUCAUGGGGAAUUUCAGUACCAGUCCAACUGCACUUUCAACUGUGAUGAAGGAUUUUCUUUACUUGGAGAAGGGAUGAUUUUGUGCACAGCACGUGGACAAUGGACAAAUGCAACCCCGGUUUGCCAAGCUAUUGAAUGUCCCAAACUAGAGGCUCCUAAGAAUGGACAGUUGAACUGCUCUCAUCCUCAUGGAUACUUUGCGUACAAUUCCAGCUGUGCCUUUUCCUGUGAUGUGGGGUUUGUUCGAGUUGGAUCGGAGAUGCUUAACUGUAUGGCUCAGGGAGAAUGGACAGGAUCAGAACCAGUCUGUGAAGUCCAAAGGUGUCCCAAGCCGAGGCAUAUAGAGAAUAUGAGGAUGAAUUGCUCCCACCCCUUGGGCUCCUUCGGCUAUAGAUCAGCAUGUCACUUCCGCUGUGCCGAGGGCUACAUUCUCAAUGGAAAAAGUACAAUGAUGUGCCAACCUGAUGCCCAGUGGUCUGCUGAGAUACCUUUUUGUCAAGCCGUACAGUGCCACAGUCUGCAGAGGCCCGAGAAAGGGAGCAUGACUUGCUCUCAUCCAGUUGACGUGUUUGCUUUCCAGUCUUCUUGCGAGUUUUCCUGUGAGCCUGGUUUUAAUUUGACUGGAAUACAGGCAAGCCAUUGCUUAGCAACUGGGAACUGGAGUGCUGCAGUACCUACAUGUCAAGCUAUUGAAUGCAAAAAACUAGAUGCCCCUGAGAAUGGACAACUGAACUGCUUUCAUCCAUAUGGAGACUUUAUGUAUAGAUCCAGCUGUGUCUUCUAUUGCAAUAGCGGGUUUACACAAAUUGGAGCAGAGCAGCUUCAGUGUUCAGAUGUAGGAACAUGGACUGAGGAGCCGCCUUUCUGCGAAGCAACCAAAUGCCCAGCUCUACAGAAGCCAGACAAUGGCCAUCUCAGCUGUCUUCACCCUCAUGCAAACUUUGCAUAUGGCUCCAGCUGCAACUUUUCAUGCAGUGUGGGAUUUCAGCUAGUUGGAUUAGGAGUGCUGGAUUGCUUGGCUAGAGGAAACUGGACUGAACAAGUGCCUCACUGUAAAGCUUCCAUGUGCCCAAUGCUGCAUGCUCCAGUGAAUGGACAGUUGAACUGCUCUCAUCCUCAUGGAUACUUUGCAUACAAUUCCAGCUGUGCCUUUUCCUGUGAUGUGGGAUUUGUUCGAGUUGGAUCGGAGAUGCUUAACUGUAUGACUCAGGGAGAAUGGACAGGAUCAGAACCAGUCUGUGAAGUCCAAAAGUGUCCCAAGCCAAGGGAUAUAAAGAAUAUGAGAAUGAAUUGCUCCCACCCCUUGGGCUCCUUCGGCUAUAGAUCAGCAUGUCACUUUCGCUGUGCCGAGGGCUACAUUCUCAAUGGAACAAAUACAGUGAAGUGCCAGUCUGAUGCCCGAUGGUCUGCUGAGAUGCCUUUUUGUCAAGAAACGAAAGGCCCCUUUCUCAAGCAAGUUCUGCUCUAUACUGGUAGUGUUGCAGCAUCUCUUGUUGCCCUCACUCUGUCUGGGGGUCUGAUAGGUUUGGCGAUCAAGCGUCUCAACAGAAGAGGUGAAAGAAAAACACUCCUGAGCCAUACCAGUGAUUUGGGAGUACCUGGUGUGUUUUCUAAUUCAGCAUUUGAUUCUGGUUCCUAAGGAGAAUAUUCCUGUCCAAAAGGCUUUUAUCUACUAGGUACCUGAAGAUCUGAUUUCGCACUGUUUACAUGUUGGAUACAUUGAAACCAUGUCCGUAAAAAGUUUUCUUGGCCAUUUCCUUGAUUGCCUGACCGCUACUAUUUCUGCCAGAAGAAUUUGUCAUAUCCCCCCUUCAAAUCAUUCUCUGAUAUCACUGCAACAAAUAUUGAAAUGAUGUCAUUUGUAAAUAAAAAUAUGAAAACCCA